AUGCAGAUCGCUCUCGCCAUCGAGACGAUGCUCGACCUCAACAUGCUCUCCGUUAAGGAGCUCGUCGGUUGUCUGCGCUCCGCGGAGGAGCGCUACCUCACCAACGAUCAAGGUGGAGGUCGCGGGGCAGAGUUGUUGAUGAUGGAGGCGCAGUGGCACGCACGGAAGAAUCAGCGUGCCCAAGGCCAGAACAGCGGCCAGGGCGGCGGUCAAGGCGAGUCCGGUGGACCAGGCGGGUCUGGCGGACAGGGCGGCGGCUCAAACCGUCGCCGCAGCAAGCAGCAAAACCGUCGUGGCAGCGGCCAGGGCGGUGGUGGAAAUGGCGGGCGCGAUGGCGCGCCGAACGAAGAGCGCGACAUGUCCCAGGUCAAGUGUUACAAUUGUAACAAGCCUAGGCACUUCUCCAAACUAUGGGUGUUAAUCACAUGGUGA